AUGGAAAUGACCGCCAUGUUUUUGGACUUUUGGGAAAUUGGGGAUGUGGAUAUUCUCACUCCAACCGGCACGUACUCUUGCCGUUGUACUGAACUAACCACUUCCAUAUUCACAGUGGAAUGUGGUCUCUUGUAUUUUUACCUUGGUGAUAACUUGACAGCGGAAGAACUUCUAUGGGAGACGCCCAGCGCCAACAAGGAACUUGUGACCUUUGAAGCGAAGCAAGAAGGAAACGAAACUGUCUUUGUACCUACCAGUGGCGUUUGGCUGCAAGGAGUAGAUGGAGACGACAGUUCUCGCAUGUUAGAGACCUUUGAAUUCUCGAAUUCGUCGCUCGAAAUUGCCAGUUGUGGUGCAUUUGAUGCACUUUGUGGAUUCACUAUCUUUGAAUGUGAAAUCUGUCCCGGAGGACAAACGAUUUCCUGGUCUGGCUGCUACGAUUCUGUGACUUGCGAAGAUGAGAGUCAUGGACUCUUAAUCUUUGCGAUACUACUCGACGAUGGGAUUACCAUAGUCCCCUACCAAGAGCCGGAGGAAGCGGAGGAUGAAACCUGUCAGACCAUCGAGGACUUUUGUGCUGACCUGGCAUCUAUCGAAGAAGCCAUCACCGACUCCUUGAGCAAUUUCGUUGUUGAGGACGGUGGUCAAGUAGUGGAACCGUUCAACUGCAGCUGCACUGAAAUCAAUCCAGAUAAUGUGACUUUGGACUGUGAUGCACAGUAUGCCUAUGAUGAGGUCGUUGUCAGCACGGAGCACAUGAUCUGGAAGAGGCAAGAAGGCACGGACUACUACCUUCCAGAACAAGUUGGUAUUGAGGAUCAACUCCUUGAGGAUGCUGGUACCGGCGCAAACUAUAAUGAGACAUAUGUAGUGGCUCCUGGCCAAAAUGACGUGGCUUCCUGCAACAUUGGUGGAUGUGCAGCUCUUUAUUGUCUGCUCUGCCCUGGAGAGACCAGUGUCCUCACAAGUUGCCCGGAUAGUCCCCAAUCGUGCGAAUCAGCAAAUUCCGUUGCCUUCCUGUUUCAGUUCCGUGAUAUAAAGUUGGCAGUGGAAGGAUGUGAGGCCAAUGCUACUGCAUUGACGGCAGCCGUGAAUAAGGCUGGCUAG